AUGAUUGCUGUGGCAAAGAUCGGAACUAUGGCUCUUCUGCUGGGGCUAACUUUUACUUUUGGAAUCACCCCAUUAUGGCUAUUAAAGCUGAUGUCGAACAGAAUGAAUAACCUCUCCCGUCUUCAGUACUUCGUCAGUUUGUUGAACUGCUUCGCUGGUGGUGUAUUUCUUGGCACUUCCAUCCUCCAUCUUAUUCAGGAGUCGAUGGAAACGGUCGCUGAAUCUUUACCGGAAGUAGAAUAUCCGUUGUCAGGGGUGCUUAUUGGCGCGGGAUUCUUCAUUGUGUUAGGACUUGAACAUAUCAUAGGAUUGGCCAGUAAAGGUAACGACAGUCCUUUUCUUGAUCACGGACACGAACACGGUACAAAUGAUAAAAACUCAGUUGUACUGAACAAAAUAAUCCAAACCAGUCAAAAUCGCGAGUGUAAUGGUAAAACCAAUUCAACGUUUGUAGAAGAUGAAAACAAAGAUGAAGAAUUACGUUCAGUAACUUUAAAUAAACCCGAAAAGGUUUCUUUUGGUAAGAAAGAAACACAGACUGAGGGGGAACAGGCAGUAACGCCAGAAAUGGACAACAAAGAUACGAAUUUAUCAUCUAUGGACCUUCCUGGUGAUAGCGGUUCUAAAACAACUAAACGUAUCCGAACGAUUAUUCUUGUGAUCGCCCUGUCUAUACAUAUGGUAUUUGAAGGAAUGGCGAUAGGUUUUCAGGACACAGAAGUCGAUCUUUGGACACUCGCGAUAGCCAUAUCCAUCCACAAGGUAAUUGUGGUGUUUAGUGUCUGUAUGAAGAUGAGGGAAAUCAUUGACAGUAAUGUUCAAAUCAUUAUAUAUAUCCUUUAUUUGGCAUCGGUUUCUCCGAUCGGAAUCGCGAUUGGCCUGGCUAUUUCCAGUUCUGGUUCAACGGGUUCCACACAGGAUAUUAUUUCCGGAAUAUUGCAGAGCCUAGCAGCUGGGACGUUUGUUUAUGUAACGUUUUUUGAGAUCCUACAAAAAGAAUUGACAAACGGAUAUAGUAUGUUGAAAGUGUUCCUCACAUUUAUCGGAUUUGGGGCGAUGGCUGCAUUGAAAUUACUGGAUAAAGAUUGA